UUCGUAUACAUUUUACAAUUUGCUUUGGCUUUCACGGGCUGUGCUCUCAAUCAAGAUCGCUCCUGCUAGCCGCAGGGAGCCUUGCAAAUGGGACAGGUGGCGUUGCACUGGAGGAGCCAGCGGUCGAUGCAUUCCUUGUGAUACAUGUGCAGGCAAGGCAGGCGCCGAGUCACGUCCCCCUCAGCAAAGUCUUCCAUGCAGAUGCUGCAGCCGUGGGUGUCAUUGAUGCUUUCGCGCCGCAUCCGCGCCACGUCUGCGGCCUGGACGGUGAUCUCUGGGAGGGCGCAGACGGUCGCAGCAGUCGCUUUGAUCGGCUCGUGCCCAGGCCCAAACAGGGAAAGCAAGUCGUCGUACGACAUGGAGUCUAUGGCGUCCCCCUCCUCCCUCAUCCGCCGCAUGUACCCCCCCAACAGCCC